AUGGUGUUGUCCUUGAGGAAUCUGGCGAUAUUCUCGGCUCUCGCCAGUCUAGCCACCGCCCAGACCUAUUCCACCUGUAACCCUCUCAAUGAAACAUGUGGCGACGAUGCAGCAUUGGGUACCGAGCACACCUGGUAUUUUAACGAUACUCUCGAUUCGACAGUCUGGAACAUGAGUACUGGAGUUAUGAACAUCACUUCAGAUGGUGGUGGUUUCACUAUAUCAGAGGAAGGUGAUUCGACACUACUGCAGUCCAACUUCUAUAUCUUCUUCGGUGUGGUGGAGUCAUGGGUCAAAAUGGCCACUGGCCAGGGUGUCGUCAGCAGUAUUGUGCUGGAGUCUGACGAUCUCGACGAAAUCGACUGGGAGUGGGUUGGAUAUAAUAACAGUGAAGUUCAGACCAACUUCUUCGGCAAAGGCAACACUACCUCAUACGAUCGUGGAGAGAACUUCUACGUCGAUGACGCAUACAACAAUUAUCACAACUACACGACAUACUGGACAUCGUCGAAGACCGAGUGGUGGCUCGAUGGUGAAUUGAAGCGCACGCUGCAUUACAACGAUUCCUUGGCUCUCUACGGUAAAAAUUACCCGCAAACUCCCUGCCAAGUCAAGGUCAGCUGCUGGCCUGCUGGUCAGGAGAGUGCCUCUGUGGGUACAAUUCAGUGGGCUCACGGACUCGUGGAGUGGGAAAAUGGCCCGUUCACCAUGUGGGUGCAGAGCAUCCGCGUUCAAGAUUUCCACACCGGCAAGAGUUACUCUUAUGGAGACAAAACUGGUAGCUACACCAGUAUCAAGGUCAACGAACCUACUGCCAACUCCACUGUCAAGACCGAGAUUGAAACAGUAAAGACUCCUUCAUUGACAUUGUCCCAGAAGUGGGCCAAGCUGAGCAACGGAGUCCACAUUGGAGUCUACACUGCUGCCGGUGUAGUCGGUGCGGCCAUUGUCGGAGCUUUCCUCUUCUGGUGUCUUAAGCAGCGCAAGCAGGGUCGUCUCGAGCAAGCCCUAGGUGACACCAACUACGAUGCCCAGCGCAAUGAGAUGCAGGCCUACCAGAACAACUGGAAGCAAAGCGAGUGGAAACAAAACAAUGGUUACCAACAGGUUAACAGCUAG